AUCUAUAAUUCAGAAUUUCGAAGAAACUUAUAUUUCCACUCUAUAAAAACACGUUUCUGCAUCAAAAGCUUCCGGGGAUAACCGCACACAGGAACUAUGCCCAUCGCACUUUGUUCUAUCCGUCUUCCAAUCCUUUCUUCGAGUCAAAUCCCGCACCGCAAUCACAAACCCUCCUCAGUCUCUUCUCCGGCGCCUCCCCUCGUCCUCCGCUUCCGGACCUCCCGCCGCCAGAACCUGCGAUACCUUAAAUCCCUCGGCAUCACCGCCACCUCCCCCGAAUCCAUCGCCUGGACCCUCGCCGUCGUCGAAUUCCUCAAGUCCAAGGGCUUCUCCGACCGCCACUUUCCCCGGCUCUCCUCCGCCAGCCCCACAAUCUUCUCCUCCGCCGACGUUAACCGCACCCUCGCCCCCGUUUUCGCCUUCCUCGUCGCCGAGCUCUCCGCUGACCCCGACCAGGCUCGGGACCUCAUCCUCCGGUGCCCUGACCUCCUGAUGGCCAGCGUCGACUACCGCCUCCGGCCGACGCUUCUCUUCCUUCAGGAGCUCGGCCUCAGAAGCCUCAGCUCGCCGACCAAUCUCAACGCCCACCUCCUCAACACCCCCGUCGAGAAGCUGGCUUCCAAGAUCCGGUUUUUGGAGGGAUUGGGGCUCUCCCACCAGGAAGCGUCCAAGGUCUGCGCCCGAUGCCCAGCGAUCUUUGGCUACAGCGUGGAGAACAACCUAAGGCCCAAGGUCGAAUACCUGGUGCGCGAGAUGGGCAGGUCGAUGGAAGAGGUGAACAAGUUCCCGCAGUACUUUGCCUUCAGCAUGGAGAAGAGGAUAAGGCCGAGGCAUUUGCAUCUGAAGCAGAGAGGGGUUCGGAUUCCAUUGCAGCGGAUGCUGCUGUGGAGCGACCACCGAUUCUACAGGAAAUGGAAGUGAGGCACACAGAACCAGAACACGUUGUGUUCGAUCGGUUGGCAAACAAGCUGCGACUUGCAACCGGGCUUGUACACGAUCCACGCGUAAACGACCAAAUACAUUGCAAAAGAUGUUCCAUAAAGUAAUGUACUUAAGUAUUGUUUGUAUUGCAAAACAUAAUGUUGUUAUCAGUCAUAGCAAAAGUGUUAUCGACUACUGAUCACUGCAAAGUCAUGGUUGUUGCUGUUU